GCAGAAGUUGCAACACUUUCCCCUUCACCACCUCCCUGCUCAUCGUCCAAGGGCCCGAACAGUCUUUCCAGGUGAAGCAGCAUUUGACCUGUACCUUCUCCAAUCUUGUGUAUUACAUUUGCUGUACUCAGUGUGGCCUACUGUACAUUGGAGAAACCAAAUGUAGGCUGGGUGACUGCUUUGCAGAACACCUAGUCCAUUGGUAAGCAUGACCCCACAGCUGGUCAUCUUGACAAACUUGCUUAACACACUUGCCUCCUUGUCUGUCUUCACAGGCCAAACAGGAGAAACAACAUCUUUUCUUCUGACUAGGCACUUUACAACCUUCUGGACUUCAACACCUUUAGAUUGUGAACCGACUUGCAUUCCACCCCUUUCUUUAAGCUUUACCUGUACGUUCUCCAUUACCAUGCGCUCUCUCCCGCCCCCACCCUUACCAGAAUGGGACUGUCUGUCCUGUCUCAUUUCGCAGUUAAGCACACCAAUGUUUUGCCAUUCUCGCAUUCCGAUCACUUAAUCUGGUCUACCAACACUCAUUCUCCCCCGCCCCGCCCGCCUGCCCCAGCACUCCACCUCCUCAACCAUUAUAUAAAUACAUAACUUCACUCCAUACAUCAGGUCAACUGUGAUGUAGAGUUAUCUAGACUCAUGGCUCUCUCUCCAUGAACGCUUACCGACCCGCUGUGAUUUUUUUCUGUUUGCAGUACAGAUUCCAGAAUCUGCAGUAAUUUGCUGUAGACAAAUGGGGGUUUGGCGGGGCGGGUGUUGCGUGUCCUGGUCAGAAAAAGAAAUGAAAGUUUAACAAUCUUCGAUCGUUGCACUUGACAGUGGAGCAUUAGAUCUUCUUAAGAAAUUGAUGAGACUUUGAGUAUUAUAGGAUACUAUGAAUACGAUAAUUUAGCUACUUUCUAGUUAAUUUACGGAAAUCGAGUAAGACAGUUUCAAGUGCCUAUAGUGAGUGUUAGUAAUAGUCCUGUUAUCCUUGAAGGCGUGAAUGUGUUCUGUUAACCCAACAAAGGGGCUUCGCAGCAUGCGCAGUGUGGAUUGUAGCGGAGCCUGCGCACUGUCAUUUCGCUCAGGGCUGAGAGAGGCUCGGAACCAUUUUCUUCAGCGGCUGUGGUCGGCGUGCGAAAGGGGAGCUGGGGUGUAGGAGCGUGAUUGGGAGAGAGGAGCGGGGAGUCCUCAUAAACAGCUCGUGUAGGCCGCAAACUCUAAAUAAGACCUUCUAGGCCCCUUGUUGGGAGAUCUGGGUCUUUAUCCCGGGAAGAGGCCCAGGUUUUAACGGCCGCAGCUUUGGAGAGUUUCAGAAGCAGAUGAGCUUGAGACUGGACGGAGUCGGGUGAUGUAACUGAGGUGGAAAUAGGCGGUUUUACUGAUGUGGACAUGUGGUUGGAACCUCAGUUUGGGUGAAGUAUGGUACCAAAGAUCUGAAUAGUCUCCCUUCAGUGGCUGGGAAUUGGAGUAUGUAUCUGGUUUGAGGGCACUGACUUUCACGCUUUAGUCGAAGGAAGUCUUUGUUCCUACAGUGCUGGAUGUCAGACAGUUCAGGAUGGUGUCUCUCUGAGGUGAUAAUUUUCACAUCGAUCUGCUAGUCUGAUCCUUUAAACUGGUAGAGAUUUGAGGAUUUGGAGAUCUUGUCAAAUUUCUGGAUAAGUUGCAGAUAUAUAAAAUCCCAUUCCUUUGCCACCUGCCUCUCCUACUUCCUCCCCCUCCCCCCACCCUUUCUUUUGUCUCACAGUCUGAUCCAUGUAGUUUCCACAGCAUGGUGUAAGCCUCGAGGUAACAGGUUGCUUCCCUGAUUGACAUUAGUUUUGGACACAGUUAAGCUUCAAUGACAGUCCAGCAUCACGCAUGUCAAUUUUACAGGGUAUGCAAAGUGAAUGAUUUGAAGUGAGGAUACUUAAACCAAACAUUACAUCAUGUCCUAAUCGAGUCAUCCAAUUUACCACAUCUGGAAUAUCAACAGAUUUUAAACAUGGAAGGACAAAGCACUGUUCACAAUGAAAGAAAUAGAUACUCGUGUUCUGUGUGCAAAAAAGGUUUCAGCCAAGCUACUGGCCUUGAGAACCACAAAUGUAGUCCCACUGGGGAGAAACCAUGGAAAUGCAGGGACUGUGAGAAAGGAUUCAGUCACCGCUCUGCACUGAAAAUUCACCAACGUAUUCACACCGGAGAGAGGCCAUUCAUCUGCUUCAAGUGUGGAAAGGGAUUCACUCAAUUUUCCACUCUGCUGACACAUCAGCGAGUUCACACUGAGGAAAGACCUUUUAAAUGCUCAGACUGUGGAAAGUGCUUUAAAAGUUCCAGUGAGCUGAUGUCCCAUCGGCGCGUUCAUACUGAGGACAGACGGUUCAGGUGCUCCGACUGUGGAAGUAGCUUUAAAUGGUCAUCUCAGCUUACUGUUCACCAGCGCAUCCACACUGGGGAGAGGCCAUUCAUCUGCUCUGAAUGUGGAAGUGGAUUCACUCAGUCAUAUCAUCUCAAGGCACACCAGCAGGUUCAUAGUGAGGAGAGGCCUUUUAAAUGCCCAAACUGCAAGAAAUGCUUUAAAAGUUCCAGCUAUCUGCAGUCUCAUCAACGUGUUCACACUGAGGAGAGACCUUUUAAAUGCUCUGAGUGCGAGAAGUGCUUUAAGGGUUCCAGGGAGCUGAUCGUCCAUCAACGAGUUCACACUGAUGAGAGACCAUUCAGGUGCUGUCACUGUGGGAAUGGGUUCAAACGAUCAUCCCAACUCACUAUACACCAGCGUCUUCACACUGGAGAGAGGUCAUUCAUCUGCUCUGAAUGUGGACAAGUAUUCAUUCGGUUUUCCACCCUGUUGACACACCAGCGAGUUCAUUCUGGGGGGAGGCCAUUCACCUGCACAAAGUGUGGAAAGGGAUUUCGUGAGUCAUCCCACCUCAAGGCACACCAGCGAAUUCACAAUGAGGAAAGACCCUUCAAAUGUCCGGACUGUGUGAAGUGUUAUAAAAGCUCUGGAGAACUGAAGUUACACCAACGGGUUCACACAGACGAUAGACCAUUCAGGUGCUCUCACUGUGGGAUUGGGUUCAAGUGGUCAUCUCGUCUCACUGCACACCAGCGCACUCACACUGGAGAGAGGCCAUUCACUUGCUCUGAAUGUGGGAAGGGAUUUACUCAGAAAAUCCACCUCAUGACACACCAGCGAGUUCACACUGGGGAGAGACCUUUUAAAUGCACAGACUGUGGGAAGUGCUAUAUAAGAUCCUGGGACCUGAUACGCCAUCAACGUGUUCACUAUGAUGAGAAGCCUUUUAUAUGCCCAGACUGUGGGAAGUGUUUUAAAAAUUCUGGGGAACUGACACUACAUCAACAGUGUUCACACCAAUGAGAGAUCGCUCAGGUGCACUCUGUAUGGGACUGGGUUCAGAUGGUCAUCGCAACUCACUGUACAGCAGCAAGUUCACACUGAAGAGAGGCCAUUCAUCUGCACUGAAUAUAGGAAAGGAUUCAUUCAGAAAUCCCACCUCAUGGCACGCCUGUGGAGAUAGCAGCAAGUCCACGAGUGAUUUCAGGAGCUGUAAUUUGCUGCUAAUCACAGUGCAAUCAGAAGCAUGUUAAAACAUCCAGCCCAUCUUUAGGUGCUAAUACAUUGUGUAAGGAUAAGUUUUUGGACUUUGCAUUAACAUCACAGCUUGCUGGAUCUACUUCAUAUUCCAAAUACUACUUUAUGAAUAUAAAUCAGAAAACCAGAUGUACAACUCAUAUGGGUGAUACAGUAACAAUGGGUAACUUUUUAAUUCCCAUAUAAACUUGAGUGAACCUAGCCAGCACGCAUGCUGUGGAGGGUGAAAUUUGGAGUUUGUGCUGAACAUCUCUGAAGUAGACCAUUGAAGGACCAAGUAGGAAUCAGCUUGUUUUAGGUUUAGUAUUCUGUAAAGAGAAAAGGUAAAUUAAUAACGUUGCUGUGAUGGAACCUUUGUGGGAUAGUGACAUUAAUAUUGUGGAAUGUUUAAUCAUGUUUGAAAGUAAUAGAAUGGUAGUGUCGGGGGUGUCCCAACAUCCUGAGGAGUGCAGACAUUCAAGAAGGCAUCACACCACCAUCUUCUCCCAGGCAGUUAAGGUUGGGCAAUAAAUGCUGGGCAAGCCAGCAACACCCAUAUCCCAUGAACAGAUUUUAAAAAUGAGAGCAAUGAUACUUCACUGAGAUUGAGUAUUUGCAAAGGAUGUUGCUGGGAAAAUGGUUUCAAUUGCCAUUUAUGUUAAGGUCUUUCGAAAUUGUCAUAUCUAGACUUUUUUUAUUUUGUGCAAUAAACAUGUUGUUU